AAGUAAAAAUAAUGAUGUAGAAUGGUAGGAAAGAGUAGGGAGAUAUUUACCGAGGGAGAGUGAGGCGUGGGAGAGCGUGUGGCCGCCAUCACCGAUCCUCCAGUCCUUUCCACCACCAUGCCGGGCUUCACCGAGAAGCCAAUACUGAUAAAUGCCUCGGGGCAUCUUUUGGGCCGCCUGGCGGCCAUUGUUGCCAAGACGACACUUGCUGGCCAGCGUGUUGUCGUAGUCAGGUGUGAGAAAAUAAACAUCUCUGGCUCAUUCUACCGUAACAAGUUGAAGUAUCUUGCCUUUCUCCGCAAGAGGUGUAAUGUGAAUCCCAAGCGUGGUCCCUUCCAUCACAGGGCUCCAUCAAAGAUUUUCCAGCGAACUGUUAGGGGAAUGUUGCCACACAAAACCACCCGUGGUCUGCAAGCACUCAAGCGCCUUAAGAGUUACGAGGGUGUCCCACCUCCAUAUGACAAAGUGGCCCGGAAGGUUGUUCCUGAUGCUAUGAGGAUUACAAGGCUUAAGCCUGGCCGUAAGUACUGCUACUUGGGCCGCCUUUCUCAUGAGGUGGGAUGGAAGUACAAGAAUGUUGUUGCAACACUUGAGGCACGUAGGAAACUGAAGGCUGCUGUUCUCUACAAGGCGAGAAAAACAGAUAUGAAACUGAAGAAACGUGCCACGGCCAAGGUAGCCAAGAGGAUUGAGCCCUACUCCAAAGUCAUUACCAGUUAUGGGAUAUCCAGUUAAUAAACUUGUUUUGAUUGGAAAA